AUGGCCCGGCGGGCGCCCACUCCGGGCGCUGGUUAUAAAGGCCCGGCUGCGGCAGCCCACUGCGGACUCAAGAUGCGUCCUAAAGAGUCGGGGCCCGGCUACGCGAGGCACCGGUUCAGACCCCGGGAUCCGGCGGGAAUCACCCUCGCACCCCCACUCGCAGCCAAUCCCGCUCCAGAGCCCUCUGCGCAGUUUGCAGCCGCCCCUGCGCGGGCACCCGCGGCCGGACAGGGAGCAGGAUCCAGAUCCCCUUCCGUCUCGGGACGCCCAGCCGGAGCUCGCCCGACCUCCAAGGCUGGAUCGGCGGCAGGAGCCCCACGCGCGUCCGCAUUCUCAGCCGCCCAGCGGCAUGCCCAGUCCGUGCCCGGCACCUCGGACGCCCCAUGGACCCGCUUCAUAUUCCAGGGGCCCUUUGGUCCCCCGGCCACUGGCCUGGGGACUGGAAAGGCGGCGGGCAUCUGGAAGACGCCGGCCGCCUACAUCGGCCGUCGGCCUGGGGUGUCGGGCCCCGAGCGUGCCGCCUUUAUUCGGGAGCUGGAGGAAGCGCUGUGUCCUGACCGAACCCCACCAGUCAAGAUCACCCAAGAAGAUGUCAGACUGAUGUUAAAUCUGCUAGAGGAGGUUAUUCCCCAUGGAUGGGGAUCCCCUCUGCAGAGAGAGCGGGACCUAAAUACGGUGGCUCGCAUUGGCCAGUCCCUGGCGAAACGGAACAGUGUUCUGAUGGAGGAGAACAGCAAGCUGGAAGCCAUGCUGGGCUCAGCCAGGGAGGAGAUUUUACACCUCAGACACCAGGUGAGCUUGCGAGAUGAUCUCCUCCAGCUCUACUCAGACUCUGAGGAGGAGGAAGAGGAGGAGGAGGAUGAAGAAGAGGAAGAGGGAGAGGAAGGAGAGGAAGAGCAGCAGCAUGAUCAUCCCUAUGGAGCCUCUGAGCCGUGAGUGUCCUGCCUUUUCACCGGGGCAGCUCCUUCUCUGACUUCCGUGCAGGAGUCCGAGUCGCCGCACUACUGUCCGAAGCUGGAAACCCUGCAGGAGCAGCUGAGGCGGCUGGAGGAGGAGAACGAGCAGCUGAGAGAGGAGGCCUCUCAUCUCGAUGCCCUUGAGGAGGAGGAGCAGAUGCUCAUCCUGGAUUGUGUGGAGCAGUUUUCUGAGGCCAGCCAGCAGAUGGCCGAGCUGUCGGACGUGCUGGCGCUCAGGAUGGAGACCCACAACCAGCAGCGGAGGGAGGUGGCCCAGCUGCGGACCCAGGUCCUGAUGCUGCAGCAGCGCUGCCAGACGCUGCAGGACCUGCGGGCGAGGUACACGGAGUGUGGGGGCAUGCUGACUGAGGCCCAGGAGGAGGCGAAGACCCUCCGCCAGCGAGCCCCGGUGUCCACUGGCCCUGUCACCCACUACACAUACAUUGUACCCGUGGAGGCCCUUCCUGGUUUCCAGGAGACCCUGGCCGAGGAGCUCAGAAUGUCUAUAAGGAGGAUUAUCUCAGACCCUGUGUUUUUUAUCGAAAGGUGUGGGGCACAGAAGGACGUUCCUGUCUCCCUGGCCAGGUACAAGCUGUGCUGCGGUGAGGCACGAGAGCAGGAACGGGGGUUCGAGGCUGAGAAGGGGUUAAUGACAGCAGAGGACUUUGUGCCUUCGGAGGAGGAGGAGCGGGGGGCCACAGAAGAGGGGGUGUCAGCUGAGGAGGGGUUGACAGAAGAGGCGGAGCUGGUGUCGGAGGAGGCUGAGGCCUGGGAGGAGGUAGAGCCGGAGCUGGAUGAGGCGACGCAGACGAACGCAGUGACCUCAACCCGGGCAGCCAGCGGCUUGGGCCCCUCUCACCUCAGCAUGAGGCGUGUCCUCCGGCAGCUGGCUAACUGGCAGGACUCGGGGUACAGGUGGCAGCUGAGGCAGAAGAUGCUCCAGGAAGGCUUUGCUGUGUCCCAGCAGCCUGCAGAGGCCCCACAGACAGCCUGA